AGGGAGCUGCUUUGUCCAGUUUACCAGGGAGGGAGAGGUCACAACGAGGAUUCUGCAGUCUUGGCUGCCAGCCACCUGGUCCAGGAUGGCGAGUGGAGCGGUGCUGCAGAGCAAAGAGCCGCUGAUGCAGAAUCGGGCAGAGCUGGAUGGAAGUAGGCUGUCUUUGGAUUCAGGAACAAUGGCCAGUUCAGAAGGUGAAUCAGAAAGGGUGAUGGAUGAGAGAAGGCAUAGCUCUGAUAGCACAAACAAGCGUUGUGCUAGGAGACUCCAAGAGCAAGGAUGCAAGGAGAGCACGAGGGGCAGGGAACCAACGGUGCACUUUGAAGAUAGUGGUGAGAGUGAUGAAGACCCAGAUCCCUCUGAAGAUGUGCUGACUACCUCCGCAAUGGAACUUUCUGUGCUGCAAAGGCUAGGCCUGCAUAGGGUAGCUUUGACAGAGCAGGAUGUGGAGGCAGCUUUUGCACACUUGGCUCUUGCCUUCCGCUGUGACGUGUUCACGCUGAGGCGGCGAGUGCAGGUGGAAGAGCGAGCAAGGAACACAGCCGAGGAGAAUAUUCAGCAUGAGCUUGGGGAAUGCCGAACGAUGCUGCAGAAGCUGGAUCAGGCCUGCCUGGACCCCAGGCACAAGGAAUUGGUAGAACAUUUACAAAGCAGUCUUGCCAUCUUAGAAGGAGCGGUUGAACGGGCGAUGGGCGCAGCAGAGAAAUUAGGAGCUGUCCAUCAGUAUUGA